UCCUAGCUGCCUACUCUCAGCUCUGACUCAACGCCAUUGGACCAGCACGAUUGGCAGCAGCAUCCAGGUAGCAUCAGCCGCCAGUCUGGAAGAUUGGCACUAGAAUCAGCCUAAAUUCUGGGACAACCGCGCCAACUUGGCACCACCUUUGCACUUCCAGGACUCUGUCCCCGCUUGUUGCGCAACCAAUGUCAGAGCUAGCACCGCCCGUGCACUCACACUUCUUCCACAAAAUCUGCCAUGCCUGUCUGACUGCCUCUAAGCACCGCUCGCUCCCAUGUUCCUCCGGCCGCUCUUUGCCCGCUCCCUCCCCCCCUUGGCACCUGCGUGGCCCGCCGUGCGCGCAGUGUGGCCGCCUUCGUCAUCGGGCUUCGAUGCCCACCCGGGGGCAUGCCCGCCGCGCGGCUGGCCCUGCCCUUCCCUGUGGAUAUGGCGGGGCUUUGUUUCAUCCCCGGCGGACUGUGGGCAGCCAUCACCUGAGACGCACCCUGAGUUGCUUGCCCCCGGCGAGGUCACCCCGGGCAUCUCCGCUGCGGAGUAUGCGGCGCGCCGCUCCGCUCUGCUGGCCCUGCUACCCCCCCGCAGCGUUGCACUCCUACCUGCGGCCCCGCCUGUCUACAUGGCCGGGGUCAUUCCAUACCCGUACCGCCAAGAUGCGGACUUCGCAUACCUGACCGGGUGUCUGCAGCCGGGCGGCGUGGCGGUGCUAGAGAAGCGCGGGGGGGCGGACGGGGCGCGCUUCGCCAUGUUCAUGCCCCCCAGGGAUGUUGUGCGAGAGCGUUGGGACGGCCCCCUUGCUGACUCGUCUGCGGCGCUGUCGCUGUUUGGUGCGGAUGAGGCGCCGCGGCUCGAGCAGCUAGGGGGGCACGUGGCUACCUUGCUGAGCGCGGGGGUGCAGCUCUUCUAUGACGGCAGGGCCGCUGACCCGGGCCUGCACCGCGUGCUGCCCGCACUGGGGCGCGCACUCGAGCAAGGGCUGGUGCGUCCACUGCGGCCCCUCGUGCACCGUCUCCGGUGGAAAAAGUCGAGCGCCGAGAUCGAGCGCAUGCGGGCUGUCAGUGCGGUUACUGCGGCUGCUUUCAAGGAGGGCAUGCGGGUGUCUUUGGAGAGCCGUCACGAGCAUGCAGUGGCUGCCGCGUUCGAGUACGAGUGCAAGCGGCGAGGGGCGCAGCGAAUGGCGUAUCCCCCGGUGGUCGGUGCGGGCCGCAACGGGUGUUGUAUCCACUACAGCCGCCACGACAAGCAGUAG